AAAAUACAUAAGAGAAAGUGACACGCUCUCUGACAGGGGUCCAUUUUACAUAGUGGAUGGAAGAGUAAUUUGUGUUAUUGUAUUAUUAUCCAAUUUUACCGUGGAAAAAAGUUUAGCAUUAAAAGUGCACUAAUCAUAACACAUUGCGCUCCAUCCGGAACCUCUUCCGUUGUCUGAAAAGCUAAACUCGACGAUCGCCGUGCGACGAGGCCUUUCCUCAACAGAAGCAUCACCAACCGAAGACAGCAAAAAUUGCUCUCCGACCAAGAAGGCGACGACUUCCACGGAAGACACCACCUGUGCAAAAGCAACCAUUUAUGGAUCUACCAAGGAAUUUGCAUGACUGCUACUUCUUCUACUAUUCGACAUGUAAGAAGGGAUCCAAUUGCGAGUACCGCCACGAAGCGGCGGCACUCGGACACGAGGAAACCUGCAAACUGUGGCAGGAAGGUAAGUGCUACAAUCGCACCUGCACCAUGCGUCACAUGAAAAUCGAAAAACCCCGUUCGGCAACGCCGUGCUUCUGGGAGGAUCAACCCGGUGGCUGUCGCAAGCCGCACUGCGUGUUCCAGCAUAAGGCUCCUAAGCCGCAGGUUCCUGCUUCUCAUCCGGCUACAACGAGCAGCAUGAUGCCGCAGCAGGUAGCUCAAGCUGCUACCGGAGGAGCCACGGCCACAACCGCCGCUACGACAACUCAUUUGCUGCACACGACUUCCCCGGCGGUCGUUUUGGAUUACAACUACGCUACCCUACUGCCCCGUAUUAUCUAAAAACUUAACGAACGCAGAAGAGCGAUCGGGCAGCGGGCAUCUCCUAUUAUCGCCAUCGCUAAGACAGUGGAAGGAGGAGAGAGAGAGUGAAAUAAGGUAAUGAGAUGAGAUCCAGUGCGAUCCCGUUGCGUCAGCAGUUAUGUUUUCUUUGAUACUACUUCAAUUUUCUGUCCCCCUCCCCCUUUCCUUAAAAUCGAUUCAAAAAUAAGUUAAUUUAAAUAUGCAAGGUUUUUGGAAGCAAACAUCCAGUUAAUCCAGAAUUCCGAAACAGAACGCAGCUUAUGUUAAGGCCGGAAAUACAAAUGCAGUUAGUGCAAUAGGAUGCGCUGUGUCGCGUUAAGAAGCGUUUGGUAAAUUAUCGGACAGUGGCUGAUGUUUCCGGCUCUAACUUCUACUGCACGUUUGCAUCUAAUACGAUUUAUCUUCAGUUAGUUAUUUAGCUAUUAAUUGUUUUGAAGGAAGUGAUUAUAAAUCAAUAAUAAAAAAAAAAUAUCUUAUAUCACGUAUCUUGUUAUGGAGCCUAUGCAUUAUUAUCCUUAUUUAUACGCCUACAAAAAUAAUUCGUGGAGAGAGGAUUUGGUUUUUCUGAGUUAUGCACCUUUCAAUUGUAGUUCAUUCAAACAAACUUAUAUAGCCCUAGUGUAGAGAAAUUGCUAACUAGUGAAAAUAACCAUCAUCAAGCUAAGGCAAAAUAAAAAAUAUUCUCAAAUAGAAUUUUGGAGUCACGCACUAUCCACUAAAUCAUUAGACAUUGGGAAAAUACCAUAGCGACGCGUGUUCUGGAAAUGAUCUAUAAAGUAUUUCCCGCAUUUGCGUGAUUUUUUGUGCUGUUUUAUUUAGCAAAUGUGAAUCGUAUUUUGUGGAAUUCCUAUGAUAACCCAAAAAAGAAAUACCUACAAUCUAGUAAAUUAUUUGUCUUGGUCAGAGAAGGUUCCUCAAAAAUUACCAACAACUAAAACGACAUCAGUUAGUAACAGCAAUAAAGUGUGCACAACCAAAAUUAGAAACGGUUUUCACUACAAACGUUCAUCCGGUGUGUGAAGUUUAACGUCGUGAAGUUAUCUGCAUAGUUCUCCGUAAGGCAGCUGUUGUAAACUUUGAGCAGAAAGACUAAAAGUAAUGGUGAAAAAAAAAAGUCGAACCAUGCUUAAGCUUUCCAACAGCAAUCAUUUUCCGAUUAAAAAUCUGCCUCGAUAGCAGCCACCACGCUCAUGCAGCAUUCAACAUGACUAGAAUAAACAGAAACAAAAAAAAAUGUAUACAAUAAAACCCGUUUGUUAAAACUUUUCUCGAAAGUAGCUUUGAGUGAAUUAAUUUCCCAGCUAAAGUAAUAGCCGUAUUACAUUUAAAAAGGAAAACCUUCGCAAUGAUUGAUUUAAGCUCGAAGCUAUAACAAUUCUGCUAUGAACAUUUACACACAUAAAAACACACACACAGAUACACGUACAUAUACUAACAUGUAACAAUUAUAAAAAUUAACAGAAAAAAAAAUGUAUAAUAUUUCUUGAAGGGUUGCACGACACUGGCAAAAAUUAAAAAAAAAAUAGAAGAAGCCACAAUAACCGUGAAACUUGUUAGCUAAAAUUAAUGAAUGACGAAAAAUAAAUUAAACCAAUCCCAAACAUUUGAUUCAUGAAUUGAAAAAAAAAACAUUUGCUACACAAAAUUGAUUACUUCAACAAUACCGCAACUAUAACUGCAGAACCCAGAAAACAAAGUUUGGAAGUGUAAGUCUAAAAUUAUCAAUAAAGCAACAGAAAACAACA